AUGAAACAAUGUUCUUUAGAAAGUUCAGCGAUCAUUCAUUUCAGGCGGCGAGAGAUGCUGGAGAAGUACCCGCAUAUCAAAGAGCUAUUCGGGCAGGACCCAGCGUUCAAAGUUGUGGUUGUAUGUAUGGUACUAACACAAAUCUUAUUUGCUUGGUUGUUACGUGAUUCCGACUGGGUUUUGGUGUUGCUACAAGCAUAUUUUGUGUCUGGAACGUUCAACCAUGCUCUAACUUUAGCAGUGCAUGAAAUCAGCCACAACCAAGCAUUUGGAACUUAUCGACCUUUAGCUAAUCGUUUGUUCGGCUUCAUUGCUAAUCUUCCAAUGUGUAUUCCAAUGUCAGUAUCAUUUAAGAAAUAUCACAUUGAACAUCAUAGGAACCUCGGAGAGGAUGUAAUAGAUACAGAUGUACCAACUGAAUGGGAAGCUCGAGUAUUUUGUACGACGUUCCGGAAGCUUAUUUGGAUGCUCUUACAACCAGUAUUCUACGGUGUUCGCCCUCUAGUCGUUUAUCCCAAGUCAUUAACGGAUUUGGAGCUGGCUAAUAUCAUAUUGCAAUUAUGCUUCGAUUAUUUCAUCUACACCGUUUUUGGUGUUAAAUCAUUUGUGUUCUUGUUCGGUGGUUUCAUAAUCGGUUUGGGGUUACAUCCACUUGCUGGUCACUUCGUUUCUGAGCACUACGUCUUCCAACCUGGGCAAGAAACUUACAGUUACUAUGGACCGAUCAAUCUCGUUACAUUCAAUGUUGGAUAUCAUGUGGAGCACCACGACUUUCCUUUCGUUUCUGGUGUUAAUUUACCCAAGAUUCGCCAUAUCGCUCCAGAAUACUACGAUAAUCUAAAAUCACAUCAAAGUUGGGUAUUGAUGAUGUUUGACUUCGCGACAAAUCCAAGAAUGUCCUUACACUCACGCAUUAAGCGUAAGUAUGCCAGUCCGGACCAGUUCCAUUUCUAUGGCGUGGGACCAUAUGAGAACAGCAAUGUAUAUAACUUCACCACAAAAGUGACCGGGCUGGAGCGUUCCCAACUAGAUUGCAGAGAGUGA